CGAUAAAGUACUAUUUAUUUAUAUGCUUUAAGUGCUAUUGCACUCUAGCAAACUCGACAAAAUGAUGUACGACAACGAGGAAGAGCUGUUCGAGGAGGAGAAUGCAGAGGAGAUCUCCCACGAGUUGUGGCAGGAGGCCUGCUGGAUCGUAAUCAACGCGUACUUCGAUGAGAAGGGUCUGGUGCGGCAGCAGCUGGACAGCUUCGAUGAGUUCAUUCAGAUGUCUGUGCAGCGCAUUGUGGAGGACUCACCGGCCAUCGAGCUGCAGGCAGAGGCACAGCACACAUCCGGGGAGGUGGAGACGCCGCCGAGAUUCUCGCUUAAGUUCGAACAGAUCUAUCUGUCGAAGCCGACGCAUUGGGAGAAGGAUGGUUCGCCCAGUCCCAUGAUGCCGAACGAGGCGCGUCUGCGGAACCUCACCUACUCGGCCCCCCUGUACGUGGACAUCACAAAGACAAAGAAUGUGGAGGGCCUGGAUCCCGUGGAGACGCAGCACCAGAAGACCUUCAUCGGCAAGAUUCCCAUUAUGCUGAGAUCCACGUACUGCCUGCUCUCCCAGCUGACGGAUCGUGAUUUGACCGAGUUGAACGAGUGCCCGCUGGAUCCCGGCGGCUACUUUAUCAUUAACGGCUCCGAGAAGGUGCUGAUUGCCCAGGAGAAGAUGGCCACAAACACCGUGUAUGUUUUCAGCAUGAAGGAUGGCAAGUACGCCUUCAAGACAGAGAUACGCUCCUGCCUGGAGCAUAGCUCGCGACCCACAUCCACGCUCUGGGUGAACAUGAUGGCCCGAGGCUCGCAGAACAUCAAGAAAUCCGCCAUUGGCCAAAGGAUCAUCGCCAUCCUGCCGUACAUUAAGCAGGAGAUACCCAUUAUGAUUGUGUUCCGUGCCCUGGGAUUCGUGGCCGAUCGCGACAUCCUCGAGCACAUCAUCUACGAUUUUGACGAUCCGGAGAUGAUGGAAAUGGUGAAGCCAUCUCUGGACGAGGCCUUCGUGGUGCAGGAGCAAAACGUGGCCCUCAACUUCAUCGGAGCGCGAGGCGCCCGGCCCGGCGUGACGAAGGACAAGCGUAUAAAGUACGCCAAGGAGAUCCUGCAGAAGGAAAUGCUGCCUCAUGUGGGCGUCUCCGAUUUCUGCGAAACAAAGAAAGCGUAUUUCCUCGGCUACAUGGUGCACCGGCUGCUGCUGGCUUCGCUGGGUCGCCGAGAGCUGGACGAUCGCGAUCAUUACGGCAACAAGCGCCUGGAUCUGGCCGGACCCCUCCUGGCCUUCCUCUUCCGCGGCCUCUUCAAGAACCUGAUGAAGGAGGUGCGAAUGUACACACAGAAGUUCAUCGAUCGUGGAAAGGACUUCAAUCUGGAGCUGGCCAUCAAGACGAACAUUAUCACCGACGGCCUGCGCUACUCCCUGGCCACCGGCAACUGGGGCGACCAGAAGAAGGCCCAUCAAGCGCGUGCAGGCGUCUCCCAGGUGCUGAACCGGCUCACCUUCGCCUCCACCCUAUCCCAUCUGCGUCGCGUUAACUCGCCCAUCGGUCGCGACGGAAAGCUGGCAAAACCCCGCCAGCUCCACAACACGCUCUGGGGCAUGCUGUGUCCCGCCGAGACUCCGGAGGGAGCCGCCGUCGGUUUGGUCAAGAAUCUGGCUCUGAUGGCCUACAUAUCCGUGGGCUCACAGCCGUCGCCCAUUCUGGAGUUCUUGGAGGAGUGGUCCAUGGAGAAUCUGGAGGAGAUUGCACCCUCGGCGAUUGCGGAUGCCACCAAAAUCUUUGUUAACGGCUGCUGGGUGGGCAUCCAUCGGGAUCCCGAGCAGCUGAUGGCCACGCUCAGAAAACUGCGUCGCCAGAUGGACAUUAUCGUGUCGGAGGUGUCAAUGAUCCGUGAUAUUCGCGACCGUGAGAUUAGGAUCUACACGGAUGCGGGUCGCAUCUGUCGGCCGCUGCUGAUCGUGGAGAAUGGAUCGCUGCUGCUGAAGAAGACCCAUGUGGAGAUGUUAAAGGAGCGCGACUACAACAAUUACAGCUGGCAGGUGCUGGUGGCCUCCGGCGUGGUGGAGUACAUCGAUACCCUUGAAGAGGAAACGGUCAUGAUCGCCAUGUCGCCGUAUGAUCUGAAACAGGACAAGGACUAUGCCUACUGUACGACCUACACCCACUGCGAGAUUCAUCCGGCCAUGAUCCUCGGCGUCUGCGCCUCCAUUAUACCCUUCCCCGAUCACAACCAGAGUCCGCGUAACACCUAUCAAAGUGCUAUGGGCAAACAAGCUAUGGGUGUGUACAUCACCAACUUCCAUGUGCGGAUGGACACGCUGGCCCAUGUUCUAUACUAUCCCAUGAAGCCGCUCGUCACCACCCGAUCCAUGGAGUAUCUGCGCUUCAGAGAGCUGCCCGCCGGUAUCAAUUCGAUUGUGGCCAUUCUCUGCUACACGGGCUACAACCAGGAGGAUUCUGUCAUCCUGAAUGCCUCGGCGGUGGAGCGAGGAUUCUUCCGGUCGGUGUUCUACCGGUCCUACAAGGAUUCGGAGAACAAGCGUGUGGGCGAUCAGGAGGAGAACUUUGAGAAACCCCAUCGCGGCACCUGCCAGGGCAUGAGGAAUGCCCACUACGACAAACUGGACGACGACGGCAUCAUUGCCCCUGGCAUUCGUGUCUCUGGCGACGAUGUAGUGAUUGGAAAGACCAUCACCCUGCCGGAGAACGACGACGAGCUGGAUAGCAACACCAAGAGGUUUGCCAAGCGAGAUGCAUCCACCUUCCUGCGUAACUCCGAGACGGGCAUCGUGGACCAAGUGAUGCUGACCCUCAACAGCGAGGGCUACAAGUUCUGCAAGAUUCGAGUGCGCUCCGUGCGCAUCCCACAGAUCGGCGACAAGUUUGCCUCCCGUCACGGACAGAAGGGAACGUGUGGGAUCCAGUAUCGGCAGGAAGACAUGCCCUUCACCUGCGAGGGACUGGCCCCCGAUAUCAUCAUCAAUCCCCAUGCCAUCCCCUCUCGUAUGACAAUCGGGCAUUUAAUCGAGUGUCUGCAGGGCAAGCUGGGCUCCAACAAGGGGGAAAUCGGUGAUGCCACGCCCUUCAACGAUGCCGUCAACGUGCAGAAGAUCUCCACUUUCCUUCAGGAGUAUGGCUACCAUCUGCGUGGCAACGAAGUCAUGUACAAUGGCCACACAGGACGAAAGAUCAAUGCUCAGGUAUUCUUGGGACCCACAUACUACCAGCGCCUGAAGCAUAUGGUGGACGACAAGAUCCAUUCACGUGCCCGCGGCCCUGUCCAGAUUCUAGUGCGACAGCCUAUGGAGGGCAGAGCCCGUGACGGCGGCCUGCGUUUCGGUGAGAUGGAGCGCGAUUGCCAGAUAUCUCACGGUGCCGCCCAGUUCCUCAGGGAGCGUCUCUUCGAGGUCUCCGAUCCGUAUCGCGUCCACAUAUGCAACUUCUGCGGCCUGAUCGCCAUCGCCAAUCUGCGCAACAACACGUUCGAGUGCAAGGGCUGCAAGAACAAGACGCAAAUCUCCCAGGUGCGCCUUCCGUACGCGGCCAAGCUGCUCUUCCAGGAGCUGAUGUCCAUGAACAUUGCGCCCCGUCUGAUGGUCAACUGACAGAGCGCUCCUAUUAAUUGCCCUAAGCCCAAGAUUGAAGAGCUCCUCCCAGCAGCUCCCAUUAGCAGUUAAUUAUUAAAUUACCAUAAUUGACA